UUACGAUGAAACCUACUAUUGGAAAACCAUUCCUUUAGUGCAUCGUAGCGUUGUGAGCAAUAAAAACGGUUAGAUAGUAAUUAUGCUAUAGUUGCGACAAUGCAAAUGUAAGGCUAAGGAAUUAGCAAUCCUGCGCAAUUGUUUACCAACUUUAGAAAAUGAAUUAAGUAUAUCUAAUUCAGGUCAACUAUAAAUACUUGCGGAUGUACAGCAGGAAUUAUCAAAUAUAGCCAUCCAUUUUAUAAACAAUGACUACUACAACUGCAACUGCGAAUGCAACUCUUUCUACUAUUGCGCUCGCUGAUAAUGUUCAGCAAUUGCGCUUAAAUGAAGAGAAAUCAAGCAGUAACUCUUCUGAACUUUCACGCGCAAUUUACAAUGGGUAUAAUGAUACAACCGAGCAAAACCAAGACGAAAAAUAUACUGAGUUUGACCUAGAUGGUCGAGGAACGAAACGUUUUGCCCUUCCGGAAGGUUACAGGUUUUCCGAUGUUUUGCCUUCUUAUCCUGCAAUUCAUGACCAAACUUUGGGAGACAUAGAAUUCAAUGACAGGGGACUUUUGGCUGAUCCUAGCUUUUCCAAUUUACUUCGUGAUGUCACUAAGAUAGAGCACCUUUCUCGAGACGUGGGCACAGUUCUACAUGGCCUUCGGCUAAAUAGAUUGAAUGAGGCACAAAGAGAUGAACUCGCAAGAUUAAUCGCAGAACGAGGCGUUGUAUAUUUUCCGGAUCAAAAGGAAAUGACAAAUGAUGAAUUUCAGCAACUCGGUCGAUAUUAUGGUAAAACACACGUUCACGGAGCAAAUGCUCGACCUAACGAUCCUUCCAAAUCUGAUUUCCAUGUUGUUUACUCGGAUCGAUAUACAGCCUUUGACAUUGAAGAUAACCGUACUGAUUUGGAGAGAUUCCAUUCGGACGUAAGUUAUGAAAAGCAACCCCUUGCUACAACGUUCUUUCGGGGAUUGACAGUACCCAAAUAUGGCGGAGAUACUGUAUUCGUUUCUGGAUACGCAGCUUAUGAAGCUCUUUCCGACCCAUUGAAACUCUACUUGGAAGGAUUAACUGCGGUUCAUUCUGGAGUGCAGCAAGCGAAUGCCAAGAAAGAGCUAGGAUUAAACUUGCGAAGAGAAGGUAUUGAAACUGCACAUCCAAUAGUACGCACACAUCCAGUCACUGGCUGGAAAGCGUUGUAUGUGAAUCCUGGUUUUACUCGCUACAUCGUUGGAAUUCCACGCGCAGAAUCGGAUGCCAUACUUAAUUAUUUAUUUCAGCUCCUCUCAACUCUUUCUGCCAGCACUAUUCGUGUACGUUGGUCUCCAUAUGGUGUAGCAGCUUGGGACAACAGGAUCAUUCUUGCUCACUCAGCGACCUAUGAUCAUUAUCCUCAGACGCGUCACUUUAUAAGAAUAGGCGUACACGGUGAAAAGCCCUUUUACGAUCCAAAUUCCAAGGAGCGGGCCAAGGAAUUACAGAAAUAAGUUAACAAUAUUUUACUCUUUAAAUUUACGAAUUUUUUCUUGCCAUUUUAUAUGCUUAUGAUAUCUUUGCUUUUGCUUUACCUUGCUAUUCAUUCACUUUUAUCAAAUCUAUAAUAAGAUCUAUUUUUAAUUCAAUGUAUUAUAUAAACAUUGGGAGGAUGAUGAGAGAAGUAUAUUCAUUUUUUAAAGUGUCAAACCUUUUGAUUGAAGUAUUCUCUUUGCUAUUGUAUUUAACAAAGAGAACUGCAGUUGAACAUGGCCAUAAGGUUCUGAAAGAAACUCUCUGAAGAUGUACUAUCUGGUAUUAUUUAAUUGAUUAAGAUCUCUCUUUGAAGUUUUUAUGAAUACACUAACCUUUUCAGUAGUGUUUUUUAAGAGAACGCAAC